AUGAAGAUGAGUGUUUCCACCUUCACUCAUCUAUCUUACUCUUCUCCCUCCAUUUCCUCUAUCUUCCAUUCUCUUCCCUCUACCCUUAUCUCCAAUCCUUUCCCUUCCAAACUCGCCACUUCAUCACCAUACCCUCUCAAAAAGAUCAAAGCCUUGGGAAUUCACCAAACUAGUUCCACUUCACAUGGAAGCAAACUUGAUGCAGUCAAGAGUAGGAUACUGCUCCAGAUGUUUCAAAGGGCAAUGCCAAUGGAACCCCUUACAACCAUUUUCAGACAACAAUCCGACAUGAAUGACUUUACAUUGGAAAAUCUUCAAGAUAGGAAAAAGUCAUCCAAAUGGGUUGCAGCAUUCUUGUUUGGACUAACUAUAUCAAUUAUUUCUCCCGAUGUUUCAUAUGCAAGCAGCUCAGUAAAGAUAAAUGAGAUGUAUCAGGUUGGGGAGUUGUUUGACUUAGGAAUCCAAUUAAUAUAUUUGCUAUUGUUGUUGGGCUUGCUCGGUGCUGGAACUUACUAUGUGAUUCGCCAAGUUCUUGUUCGCAGAGAGCUUGACCUUUCUGCCAAAGAGUUGCAAGAGCAAGUCAGAAGUGGUGAUGCAAAUGCGACUGAGCUGUUUGAACUUGGUGCAGUGAUGCUGCGGAGGAAGUUUUACCCAGCUGCUACCAAGUUUUUACUUCAAGCAAUUGAUAAAUGGGAUGGAGAAAAUCAGGAUCUUGCCCAGGUUUACAAUGCACUUGGUGUCAGUUAUGUCCGUGACGGGAAGCUAGAGAAAGGAGUUGCGCAGUUUGAGACAGCUGUGAAGAUUCAACCAGGCUAUGUCACGGCAUGGAACAAUCUUGGUGAUGCUCUUGAAAGUAAAAAAGAAUAUGUGUCGGCUCUAAAGGCAUUUGAAGAAGUUCUUCUAUUUGAUCCUAACAACAAGAUUGCGCGGCCCAGGAGAGAUGCUUUGAAGGGACUUGUUGGAAUGUCCGAAGGAGUUACUAUCAGAUAUAGAGAGAAGAAAUGA